AUGACUUCAACUUUGGAUUAAAUAGUUAAAGAUGUAUAAAAAAAUAAAUACUUUUAGGAAUCAUGGGGAUUUUAAGAUGUAAAAAUAGAAAUAUUAAAAUGUCUUAAAGAUUGUGUAUUUUGAAUAGAUUAAACAUCAUAAUGCUACUUUUGGAUAAAUGUUGAAUCAUAUUGGAAUAGCUAAAGUAAUUCUGAAGGAUGGAUGAUUAAUGGAAAUUAACCACUUACUUCAAGUUUAUACAAUUUUAUGUAGAUUGCAGGUGGGUUUGGUAUUCUAUAUACAGGAUACAGAAUAGAGAAAAUAAUAGAACUUUUACCUCCUCAUUUUAUGAUUUAGAUAUAAAAGGUUGGUUAUAAAACAAUAAUUCUAAAUAAAUAUAUGGCCUAUAUUACUUUUUAAAUUUAAGUUAAAUAUUAAGAAAAACAGAUAGUUAAAAGCUUUUCCAGAAAUUGUAUUUAAUAUGAUUAGAAACAUUAUAAAUUUUCAAAUCAAAAUAAUGUAUUAAUUUACCAGGCAACAUUUCUUCGAGAGUAACAAGAUGAAAAAGUUAAUAAUAAGUAUCUCUGGUACAAAAUUAUAAAUUGCUUAAGUAUUUUUUGUUUGGCUUUUUAAGGUUUUAAUUAAUAUUUAAAUAAGAAAUCAAUUGAAAAAACCAAAAGUGAAUUAUUUAUUUUAUAAAUUGAAAUUUGA